AUGGAGCAAGACAUUCUGAACACCACAUCUGUCUCGAAAAGCGAAGACGUACCGUCGGAAACUGCUCCAAAAGUCUCAGACACAAAUAAGAAAGGAAAUGGAGAUGCCACUGCCUCUGUUGCGACCAGAUACCAAUCACCGGGUGAGAGGAGCCACCGUGCGACAAGUAAAACUGCACGCGGUAGCAGAUCGCCUGGCUCGCAUCCGAAUCAUUUGAACCCAGCUGUUGCACCAACGAGCAGGUAUAUGGGUGCUUUGGACUCCCACUCGAGUUCUGCGACUGCCCAGCACGCGAAUCCGCAUAUUUACUUCCAGCACAAAACAAGACCCAACGCGCCUUUCAACUCGCGGCUCAUUACGGGUAGAAAACUUAUAUACGACUCCCAAAGUGUUGAAACCCAUGAUCGAACUGCUUCAGGACUCGAUUACAGCCUUCAAACGGGCUCAAUUCCAGUUUUCCAGUUCAGCAGGGCUGACCUACCCGAGUUUCACGAUUUCUAUGGACAAGCGGAAGAGGUGGGCCGUCAAUUCGGGGCUGUUAAAGUUGUUAUACUGGAUGACGCCGACAACAAGACCGACAACAGAGCCACAGGUGAAAUUGAACCCUUUUUGUUGAACACAGAGUAUUUUUGGUUUCGCGCAAGAAGACAAGCUCUUGACUCUUCCUCGAAAGUGCGACAAAACAGGCUGAACUUUUAUCGGAACUUAUUUUACUUUCACAAAAACACAGAAACAGAUGAGGCUGGUGGUGAUCAUUUACUACAGGGGAAAAUUCCAAGCAUUGAAAAGCGUCCAUUGGAUUUUUACAGGCUGAGGCAGUGCGUGCGGUUGAGAGGAGGAUUCGACGUUGUCUGUCAAAAGAAACUAUGGGCCCAAAUAGGUCGAGAGCUAGGAUACUCUGGUCGAAUCAUGAGCUCCUUGUCUACUUCCCUCAGAGCUGCGUAUGCAAAGGUGAUCUUGACUUUUGACAGUCACGAAAAGAAUUUUUGUCCAAAGGACAAGUUCUGCAACUUUCUGGAAGAGGCCCAAAUUAUGCAAAAGCCUCCCAUUCUACUCUCAUCUGUGUCACCCAACCCUCAGAACCCCUUGAAACGUCCGAAUGAUGUGAGCGUUUUGUUUUCAGAGAGUGAGCAUGAAGUGACUAAAAAGAAGCAGAGACGUUCCUUCUCAUUGCCCGAGAUUCAUGGUUCCAGUCACGAAUACAUCCGAUUAAGAGAUUUAAAAGCCGUCAAGGGAUUUGACACCAAUUUCGAUAGUCUGACAGAGCCUCGGAAAAACCAGUCAGUAUCCCCAAAUGGAGAUAUCACCACUUGGAAGAUUGGUACUGAGCUCUACGACACGUCUUGUCAUGAAAGCGCAGAUGCGCCAAUAUACAAUCUUCGUCAGUAUCAUGAGAAAAGUCAAAGAUUUUAUGAGUUUAUUCAGAGAAAUUACGGAGACAAUCACGAGGAAUUCUUUCAAAAUAGUGACGCCACUCACGUAAGUGACUUUGAGAAACUAUAUUUUCGAUUGCUAGCAGAUAAAGCUGCUGAUUUUGAGGUCGACAGCGGUGUCGGUCUCUCUUCAGAAAUUCAUGGCUCAGCGUUUCAAUCUACACUCAAAAAUGGCAUUAGUUCCUCGUCUCCUUCACAAUCGUGGAAUGUCAAUGAACUUCCAUUUUGUGAAAAGUCCUUGCUACGGUUUGUUGACAUAGAUUACGGAAACCACUCAAAUUCAAAACUUGAUGUGGGUAUGCUUUUCUCAACUAAGGGUUGGUCAGUGGAGGACAACUUCAUGCCCUGUUUAGAUUACAAUCACGUCGGAUCCUCCCGGCUUUGGCACAUUAUACCUGGCAACGAUCUUCAGAAGUUUGAAGGUCUGAUAGAUAGGUUAAAUUCAGAAAGAUACACUGAGCCGGAGAUCAAAAGCGAUCCUGCGUUUGAGUGCUCACAGUUUUUUCAAGCAUAUGUGGAUACGAAUCCACUCAAUGAAACGCGAACUUCGUUGCCGCGGAAAAGUUUGCAUUUAUGGCCUCCCAACGCUAAAAGCACGAAAGGUAAGGCCUAUAUUGAUAAUGUCAAAUCCAAAACGUUGCCAGAUAACAUUCAACUUUCACCUUAUUAUCUGAGAUCUCAAGGUGUCACGGUCCAUACCGUGACACAAGAGGUUGGGUCUUAUAUCCUCAAAUAUCCACGUGCCUAUUCGUCAACAAAAGCCGUGGGGUUUCACGUUUCUGAAUCAGCACGAUUUGCACCUUCAUCGUGGUUAUUAAACGACGCAUUUGAUGGGGAAAGCUGGCUUACCGAUCGAGGUAUUUUACCAGGUUUGAACACCGCGCGGCUGGCUUUUGAAAUUGUUCACAGAUCGCACGACGGUGAGCUCGUCUCAAAGUGUGUCAAAAUGAUUGAGCAACGCGUCCAGCUAGAAUUGAGACAGCGUGAGGAAUUCAAGCAAAUUUUCACUGAUUCUGCGUCUCUGUUUCUGAACAAUUUCGAUUUCAUCUCAGAUCUUGAUGUGAGCUUGACCGGCUUUUCUAAAGUCAUGAUAUCAAAUGCUCUUGAUUCCUUUACUCUAUCGUUGUCACAGUUUUUGAUGUCACUAAGGAAGCAGAAUGGCAGCAUAUAUUUGUACGGCCAAGAUCUGAAUGGAGAUGAUAUCAGAAUCUCAUUACAUGUAAUGUAUUCAGACGCAAGUCUAGCCGAAUUGCUUAUUCAAAACACGACCUGCGAGCAACUGAUAACAAGGCUAAAGUCAGCAAUUGACCAAGAGCCAAACUUCUCAUUCGAUGCUUUUAUUAAGAAUAACUAUACCGACCAGCCUGUCCCGUUAGCCGAUAUCGAAACAGCGCUGGCAAAACUUAGCAUAGUUCGUGACUCUUCGAAUUUAUCGGUAAUUUGUGAGUAUAUGACAACUGUCUACGCGAUGGAGAGAAAAUGUGCUAUUUUAUUGACCGAAGUGCGUGAGGAUGCAAGAUGCUACGACGAUGUCAGUUUAGGAUCGGGUCUUGAUCUACAUUCUUUACCUCCUUCCCAAUGUCGACAUUCCGUUUCGGACUUUGUUUUACUUUCGGAGAAGUUAAAGCGACUUUCGAUUGAAGUACCCGCUUACCGAAGCAUUCAGCAGUACAUGACGAGAAUUCUUGAAUUCCAGAACCGGUGUGCGUCCGUUCUGAAGUUAAGGAAUUACGAAGAUCUCAAAGGCACUUACAUUGAGGGUUGGAAAUUGGGGAUUCGGAUGAAAUGUCACGAAUACGUUGCACGCGAGCUAUGCCAGAUUCAUUGGCUUGAUGCCUAUGAAUUUGUUGUCGGCUCUCCACGCUAUGACGCGGGAAAAUUUAACAAUUCUAAUGACUAUCAAGUGCGCUUUCUUCCCAAAUUCUUGGAGUUUGGCCUGAAAUGUCUCGAUUCGACACAUGUUGAUAAAAUAAAAUUCGUCAGGAGGAUCAUUUUAGAAACUCAAGACGUCGUCUCUCGAGUUGCGCAGAUAUUGAGAAAGAAAAAAGCUUGGAUAUCCGUAAAAGAAAUUGAAUAUAUUUCUAAGCGCGCCGAACUUCAAGAAAUCCCAGUCUCUGCUCAAUUUGUCGAUAUUUUGAAGAACAUUUUAGACUCUGUUACCAAGGCGAAAGCAGAGAUGGCGCCCGUGCUUAGCAGGCUUGGAAAAGAUGAGUCUUCAAUAAGCUCCUUUUGUCAGCUAAUGUCAAGUGGAUCGUUGGAAGCACUUGAUCUUCUACCACAGUUUAACGGCUCCGUAACUGAUCGGCGGCUCGGCAUAGAAGAGGUGCCCAAUGGACCUUUCUUUUCUACGUUUGUCAAAGAAGGAAAAGAUUGGAUGCAGAAACUGAGUUCUCUCGUUUCGCGUCGCAAUUAUCUGGCGAAAAUUAGCGAGAGCACAUUUGAAUGUUUGGAUCUCAGAGAGGAUGUCUACAGGGCCGAUUGGGCUUCACGUGUUGAUCGAGCCUACUGCUUUUGUCGGAGAGGCGAUUACGGAGGAACAAUGGUGGAGUGCGAGAUCUGCCGCGAAUGGUAUCAUGUUUCUUGUAUCAACAAGGGCAAAGGGUCUCCACCCAUCGAUGUGAACAACGUCUUUGUAUGUGCGAUCUGUGUUCCUGAACCAGCCACCUGUUUUGAGGUAGCUGACCCAAGACUAAACUUCAAUUCCUUGGUUACUCUCGCUAUGACAUCUUGCCAGCUAACACUGAUACCUGAUCGAGGUGUGCUCGCUGAUUUAUUUCAGUGUUUGGAAGCAGCCCUCCGAUUUAAAGACCACAUACGCAAUGCAGUCAUAAAAGUCGAUGAGGGUCAAUUACAGAGGAACUUUACCAUUGACGAGUUGAAAUUCUGCCUUCGAAAAUUGGUCGGCUCGGCAUGUCAGUUAACCGACGAAAUCACUAUUUUCAAAAUGGCAUGUCAGGAAUAUAACGAAAAUGAAUACAAGAACUUGCAGCAGCGCGGAGUCGUUGUGAUCACCGGGGAUGAAACUACAAAUUGCAAGCAAGAGCCCUCAAACGUCUUGCGUACAUCCCUUGACGCGCAAAGUGACGCGCAAGAAGACAAUGGAACGAAUGACGUCUAG